AUGUCUAGCCCCAACCCCGGCUUCGUGGAGGAGUCAUGGUCGCUGUAUGGAGUGGGCAUGGUGCUCAUCGUCCUACGACUGAUUGCCCGCAUACGACGUCUCGGUAUCCUCGGCCUGCAGCUCGAUGACUACGCUGUUGCUUUCGGUGGUAUCUGGUACACGAUACUAUGCAUAUCCUUCAACAAGAUGUUGACCAGCGGUGGCUCCAACUUGCUGACCCCGGAAGAGAUUGAGGCCUUGACACCCGAGUCCAUCGAUGCGCGUGUGGAAGGGUCGAAAUGGGUCUUUGUGUCAGAGCAUGCCCAGCUGCUGACCAUCUGGAGCAUGAAAGCUGCUAUGCUGUGUCUCUAUGCUCGCAUUACCUCGGGCAGCAACCUGGUCCAGAAACGACUUCUGAAAGGCGUCGCUGUCUGGGUUGGCUGCGCUUUCGUCGGCGACGAGCUGGCCUUGUUCCUCAUCUGCAGGCCUCUGAAUCAGUACUGGGCUGUUCCGGCCGCGAAUAUACAAUGCUCGACAUACGAAUACUACCAGAUCGUCAAUGCCAUCUUCAACAUUUCGACCGAUGUCUUGAUCCUGGCGAUUGGCAUCCCCCCGGUAAUGAAGGCGAGACUGUCCGUUCAACAAAAAGUUGUGCUGGGCAUCAUUUUCGGCAUGGGUGCCUUUGUGAUCGUCGCAGCCAUCCUCCGGGCAAUUUACUGCUUGGUACCGGCGCUCGUGUCAUACGUCUACAUGAACUGGUACUUCCGUGAAGCCUCGGUCGCCGUCUACGUGACCAAUCUCCCCCCGAUAUGGGCCUUGUUGCGGGAACUGUUCCCCAAAAUCCACGUGCUGGGAUACAGCAAUCGCAAAACGACGGCUUCCAAGUCUGGGGGACCAACUAGCAACGCCAAUUGGGCCACGGUGCGGAGUGAGAAUCGAACGCGAAAUAAAGACUUUGAUUUUGACCUCGACACCGUCCCAAUUAGCAAGGGGGCCAUGGUGUCGACCACAGACCACGAGCUCGGGGAGCGAAACCUCAGCCGCGCCGACUCGCUGCCGGGUGAGGGCUCGUCGACAAGCUCUACGCGACACAUGACCAAGCAUGAGAUUCGACGCGAUGUUACCUUUACUGUCGAGCACAUGUCGGCGGACGAGUAUGAGCCGAAGCACGAUACUCGAAACCGCUAG